AUGGAGCUAUCAACACGGUUCGCCAGCCCACCAUAUUACCAAUACCCAGCCCUCGAUGCUUCAAAAAGAGAAUUCCGUCUUAUCCGGCUUCUGACGCCCAAACCAUCGCUCAUCCCAGGCUACCAGGGCACUCUGCGCGUGGAAAUCAUCGAGACAACAACGAGGGUCGAGUCUGGGGAAACCUGCUCCUACAAUACGCUCUCGUAUGCCUGGGGCAAUGAAAGCAAUAGGCCCCAACGCACAGUGCUGGUUGAGGAUAGAGGCAAAACAUACAAACUUGCCAUUUACCGCCCAUUAGAGGUCGCGCUGCUACACCUAGUCGCGACCAGCGUACUCGACCUCCCGCUGUUUGUGGAUCAGAUAUGCACCAACCAGGGGGAUACCAUCGAAAAGGCCCAUCAAGUCGCUCUCAUGAAGGACAUAUACAAGAAUUGCGAGCGAGGCGUCAUCUGGCUCGGCGCCGCAUCUCGCAACUCGGACACGUGGUACAAUUACGUUCGAGAAAGAUGCCACGACGGCAACGGGGUUCUAUGCGGCAUCAUCAACCACCGACUCGCGAGCUGCAUGAAUGUAUUCGACGCAGUCAUGGAUCUGUCCAUAGAGAUCAGUGACCAGGAGCGCGAGGAUCGCGACGCAAUACUAGACAUGAUACGUCUUCAUGGCGACGACUUUCCUCUAGCAGGAUACGAGGACAUUCUCGACCGUCGCUGGUUCCAGCGCCUUUGGACCAUACAAGAAGGAUGCUUGCCACGACAGCUCCUCUUGGCUUGCGGCAUGCAAUCUCUCUGCUUUGAUUGCUUCAAAGCCGGCAUGUUCUUCUACAGCCUGUACAACACUCACUGGAAUAAAAACCAUUCAGGCCUAAAAUCUAGGCAGGAGCUGUGA